AUGUCUGCUAUUCCUUCCCAUGUCUCCGAGCGAUAUAUUAACAGUCGUUAUAACAAAGCACUAAAUAUCGUCCAGCAUCUCUCAGCGUCUUCCAGUGUCCAGCCUACCAAAGAAGAAAAACUAGAGCUGUAUGCACUUUAUAAGCAGGUCUCACAUGGCAAUGUCAAUACUCCACGACCAGGAAUGUUUGACCUAGUUGGCAAAGCUAAAUGGGAUGCCUGGAAGAAUCAGGAGAGCAUGGCAGCUAUAGAGGCUAAGUACCGGUAUGUCGACUUGCUUCUGAGGGUUGCUUCUGAGGUAAGCGUUAUUAAAGGGUUUUUCGAUUAA